GCUCAGAAUGCAGCCCCUUAGAAACGUCAGCUCCAGCUGUUCUUUGGCAAAGAUAGCACCACGUCUCCUCCAGGAGCUCAGCUCUCGGAGUAGGAAGGGAUUCCCACACUAAACACCCGCAAGGGCUGAGGAAGCCACCUGCACCAGGUGCCUGCCCACAGGCCUGUGGAGCUCCCGGGAGGGGUGUGGGCUGGGCUAGGCUCAGGGAGCUAGUGGUUUAUAAAGCAGCAGAAACCCUGCCCUGAGCAGAGCAUCCCAGCGCUGACACGAUGAAGGGAACACUGCUUGUGCUGGCCUUGCUGGUGACCAGAGAGCUGACCUUUGAGACGGCGGAAGCUUGCCCUAUAUUUUACAGAGUGGUUAGCACUGUGGUCCUCGGAAGCAGGACACUGUUGGACCUAGCCCUUGAAACAGUUGGCACUACUGAACGGGAAAAAGCAGACAUAGAAAAACUCCAGGAUUGCUACAAUGAGUUGGGAUUUCUGGACAGGCUCAAGCCUCUGAAACUCAUGGUAAUUUACUCUCCCCAUCCGCCACCAUGACGACACACAUGCAGCAUAUUGCAAUGUGCCACACGGUAAUAGACCGUGCAGUCAUGGGAUAUGUGAGAGACAAGAGCUAUAAACAAUGAAACACGUAAACCUUUGCUCCACCCUACGGCACGUAUGUUAUGCAACCACAGUCCACCUGCACAGCCAGCCUCUUCUGCUACCGAAUAUGUCUACAGCGUGCCAGUUAGCUCCCACACAACAGCGGACUCUUAUCAAUGCAACACACCAAGUGUGUUGACUUGUGAUUUUUUCUUGGUGAGGGGAGUUAGCACUGGAGGAGUAGAAUUUUAAUCUUUGUCAGGAAAGGAAGAAUUCAGCUCACACGCACUAGGAGUCCUGUCAGAGCUAUUUUAGGAAUAUUGAAAAUGAGCCCCUGCCUUUAGACUCUUCUCCCAGGAAGGGACUCCCUUGGCUUUGUAAGGUUUCUGGCUUGUGGCCACUUCCUUCCUCGUGUGCCCACGUUGAUGGCUAUUCCUCUGGCUAAGAGCCCCACUUCCACUGACAUUGUCUCAGUGCCUACAGGCCAGAAGUCCACUCAGGUGUUUGGGGGCCUGAGGCAGCUUCUAGCUACAUGCAGCUGCUCAGCUGUGCUAGUAAUGUUAUCUUCUGAGGAAAUAUCUUUCUUUCGUUGUUGUUCUUGUCAUACCUCAUGCUACCAGAUAGGUAGUCUGUCUUUUACCCUAUUUUCCUCAAAGUGUUGAUACUGCAUAGCGAGACGUUUUCCCAUAAAGCAGAGUUUCUUGCACUAAUAUAAGCACACAGGGCACAUGGGGCUGUUUACAUGCACAUUCCGUACACCCAAUACACCUGACAGAAGGGGCUCAGGUGCAGGAGACGUGACACAAACCCCGCCUCUGCUACCUUGCUCCUCCCUCAGGACCAGCCCCUGCUACGCCCUGCAGAACCCUUGUCCUCUCCUCCCCUCCCUGGCACGGCUCGGCUCGUUGCUCUGUCUCCAUCCUGACACCUGUGCACAGGCGCUUAGGCAGCCGUCCUCCUCCUGGCCGGCCUGAUGGCAGCCCCCUCUCCACUGGUGGGUCUGUGGGCCAGAGGUUCUUGCUGGGGAUGCAGCUGAAUCACUGAGGGUGAGGUGUGAGGU